AUGUCACCCAAAGACUCAACAGGAUCCGGUGGACCAAGCGAGACGUUAAAGGAUAAGUCACCACCAAGGUGGCUGGCGUGGAUUGAAAGGCGCGGCACCGAAUGGCAUAAUAGGAGAUCUAGGUUGGAGGAGGUCGAGCGGCUCAUUGAAUAUUGCACACGGAUAUUUGGACCAAAGAUAUACUGGGAGAAUCAUUGGAUGGGGAUCCAAUUGACCACAAGCCCACAUGCACACUUGUCUCCUGAGCUCCAAAAGCAAAAGGACAAAGAAGAUUUGGAGGCGAUGAAGGAAUACAGAGAUGAUCUCAAGAAGAAUAUUAAAGCAAAAUCAUUGUCUCUGGUACCUGCUUCAUAG